ACUGAAGUCCAAAGGGUAAAUAAAUAUUUUUGUCUAAUCCCGUGUGAAAAUUUGUCCUGCAGGGAACACAGAGCAUUAUUGUCCCCCUAAUCCACGUCUGGAUUAGGUUAAAGCCUCCGUCGCACUGGAAUACCACAUUCAGAUUACCAUGGUAACGGGAAGACUUGGUGGGGUAAAUCAUGAAUGGGCCACGCAGAUCACUCCGGCUCCUCUGGUGUCGUUUUAAACGGCGCUGCUCGUUUGUGUCUGAUUUGUAUUCUGUGCGUGGAUCUCCGUCUGCGUGGUUGCUGCUAAUGCGCGGUCCGUGAGCGCGUCACGAGACCGUGGGCCGGGGUUAUAUUUAGGCUCUCAGAGGAAAAUAACGGCGCAGUGUCCUCCGAGUGCCGGACUGGCUUUGUCAAAGACCUGGACACUAGAGCGCAGAAAGGAGGAGGAGGGGGUGGCUCUCGCUACUGCUGCUGCACACAAAUACCAAAAUAGGAUCGAGCUGUCUGCGACAGUCCUGAGCUAAAUCGAGGCUCAUGUGUUUUGGAGAGGAGCGCUUAGAGGAGCGUCGGUGGGGAACAAAAAAACACAAAUGGAAAUAUAUAAGAUAUAAUGUCUCAUAAAAACGAGAUCUACACAUAUGACUUCUGUGACGGGGAGCAUCCUACGGAGCUCCUGGAGGCUCUCAGGCAUUUCUACAUCCGCGGCCUGUUCACCGACGUGACCCUGCAGUGUGGCGAGUCCGGUCAGGUGUUCCACUGCCACAGAGCGCUGCUGGCGGCCCGCAGCUCCUAUUUCAAAGUCAUGUUCACGGCCGACAUGAGGGAGAGGUCCGACAGCGUCAUCAAGCUGAGCGGCGUGGACUGCGCUGUGCUGGGCGCCCUGCUGGACUACGUCUACACGGCCCGGGUGUGCGUCACCGAGAGCAACGUGCAGAGCCUGCUGGAGGCUGCGGACCUCCUGCAGUUCAGCAGGGUCAAGCAGGCCUGCGAGGAGUUCCUCAUCCGCCUCCUGGACGUGGACAACUGCCUGGGCAUGCACACCUUUGCUGAGCUCCAUCAGUGCCCCAGGCUGGAGAGGGAGGCCCGCAGAGUGAUGCUGAGCAGGUUCCCGGAGCUCAUGGAGCAGGAGGAGUUCCUGGAGUUGGACUGUGAGAAGAUCAGGUCUGUUCUGGCGGAUCAGAGCCUCACGGUGCAGGGAGAUGAGGCGCUGAUAGAUGGUGUGGUCAGGUGGGUGUCCCAUGACUUGGAUAGUCGGGUUCACUGCGUGUCAGACCUGCUCCACUCUAUCCACCUGAGCCUGGAUGACAUUUACUUCAACACUUCCUUGGAGGUGCACAGGCAAUAUCUAUCAAAAAACGAUGGGAAGUUAAAAUCCGUGAUUGUUCAGGCGAUGAGGUCAAAUGGCAAGGAGAUCCCUCCGAGCAGAAAAAUUUCCCCCAGUAUGUACAUCAUUGGAGGAUACUAUUGGCACCCUCUGUGUGAAGUGCACAUCUGGGAUCCCGUCAGCAAUACGUGGGUGCAGGGGAAAGACAUGCCUGACCCCGGAAGAGAGAGCUACAGCGUCAGCCUGCUUGGUGCAAACAUCUAUGUGACUGGUGGAUACAGGACUAACACCGUUGAAGCCCUGGACACUGUUUCAGUUUAUAACUGUGACUAUGACGAAUGGACAGAGGGUUGUCCCAUGAUUACUGCCAGGUACUAUCACUGCUCAGUGGCUCUACAUGGCUGUGUUUACACCAUCGGAGGCUACAGAGGAGGAGCUCCAGAGCAAGAGACUGAAUUUUAUGAUCCUUUGAAAAAGAGAUGGUUUUCAGUGGCCAAAAUGAUCCAAGGUGUAGGAAAUGCCACUGCAUGUGUAAUGGGAGAAAAAAUUUACGUUACUGGAGGCCAUUAUGGGUACAGAGGAAGCUGCACCUACGAGAAAGUCCAAGUCUACAGACCAGACGUCAACGAAUGGAGCAUCGUAACACUAAGUCCACAUCCAGAGUAUGGCCUUUGCUCUGUGUCUCUCCACAACAAGCUGUAUUUGGUUGGCGGACAGACGACCGUUGCCGAUUGUUACGACACAGAGAGCGACGAAUGGCGGCCCAUAUCAGUGAUGAAGGAGAGGAGGAUGGAAUGUGGGGCUGUGGUGAUAAGUGGGUGUAUUUAUGUAACAGGGGGGUACUCCUACUCGAAGGGAACGUACUUACAGAGCAUUGAGAAAUAUGACCCUGAGCUGGACUCUUGGGAGAUAGUAGGGACCCUGCCCAGCCCCACCAGGUCACAUGGUUGCGUAUGUGUUCAUAGCGUCCAUUGACGUUUUUCACAUACACACACACACACACACACACACAUAUAUAUAUAUAUAUAUAUAUAUAUAUAUAUAUAUAUAUAUAUAUAUAUAUGUGGAAUUGUCUAUUCACAACAUUCACUAGAGUUUGAAAAGUCUGUGGAUGACAAAAUGAUCUGUUAACCUGUUCACGGUACAUUUGCCAAAGUGAUAUAUGAAAAUCUCAGGGGUCUCUCAAUGAGUGUUGUAGUUCUCUUUUAACAACUACAGAGAACAGACAGAAAUCCAUUUUUAAUAGCAGGACUGGAUCUCCACUGCAAUUUAACGAAAUAAAUUACUUCACUCUCUUGAACUGCUCUUGAACUCUGAACGAGUGAUUUCCGAUAAACAUUCAGCACAUUUCUCCUUAACAUACCACCCUCCAUGCACAAGAGGACACCUUCUUUUGUUUAUUUUUUUGUUUUUCAUUUUCAGUUGUUUCAUUAUAGAUUCACUGAUUUUUGGGGGNAUNUCUCUCAAUCAGGCUUGAAGUAUUNAAAAAUAAGCAUCAACAAAUGGAAAAAUAAGAACCUUGGUAACAGAAAAUAAAGACAUUUUACACCCAUUUCCUCCUUUCCAUUGACCAUUUCUAAUGUAACAAGAUCAAAAUACCUAUUUGCAAAUAUAUUCUCAUCCAAAAUAAUUGAUGUUCUUUUCAUAUUAACAAUUGCAUUUCUGGUAAUCUGAAAGAUAAGGAGACAAAGAAGAGGACCAGAACCAUUGCAGUGUUGGCAUAGAAUGAUCAUCAAUAGGUAUUUUUACUCCAGGGCUCAGUUUUACAUUCAGAGAUGAUUGCAUAUAUUGUAAGCUACUUCUAACACAAUUGCAAAAGAUGUAUUUUAGCAGUAUUUUUCUAGUUUAUCUUUUUAUUUUGAUUUCUGAAUUUAUUUCAAACAGUUUAAAAAAAACAACAAACAAGUAUCCAGAAAAAAAACAACGUCCAUACACAACUGAGAACAUAACAAUAAGCUUACCACCAUUUGUUUGAAACGGAUUAGGAAUAAGUGACAAUUGAUUUAAUUCUGUCAUUUAUUUCAAUUUAAAGAAAUACAUAUCAUUUACUAACUCAGUAAUGAUCAGAAAUGUGUAAUUGAAAGAAUAUUAAGUAGAACUGAUUGGUUUUCCAAGUCAUCACUUUCAUGCUUGAAACAGGGGAAAUGCUGCAAUGUCAACAAAUCAAUGCAAGUGAUCGGACUUUCUCGAAUAGAUUUCUACCACUGGUCUUAAAAAAACAACUUACUUUGACUGUUUGGUGUAAUAAAUGUGUAUGCUAUUAGGUUUGAAUCUGACUACAUGAAUAUAUUGUUCUGGACUAGACUGGAUUGCUUUUAAAUAUAUUUAGAUUAAAUUGGAUUCAAUAUAAAUAGAUGUGAAUUAGACCUGUUUGCCUUGUGAAUUAUCUUGACAUAACAUUUGUUGUGAGUUGAUACAUUUAAUUGAACUGAAUUAUUUUCUUACCUCA